UCGGAAUCCCUGUCCCCCCCCCCUCAGGUUGGCCUAUUCCCCCCCCCUAGAGUUAAGAAAAACUUGCUGAAGGAAGCUGCUAAAGGGGCUGGGGAGAGGAAGGCUGUAAGCGGGCCUAGUUUGGCUAGGACAGCUCCCCCUAUGCUCUUUCCACUGCGGAGGGAGAAGGCAGGUGGGUCCCAAGAUCCCGUCCCGGGAGGGGUGCAGGUGGAGGAGGGAUGGUCCCUGUUGUCCUUUGGAAGUCACCGGAAGCCUGUGCUGUCUUCAGCGGGGUCAGUUUCCUCACUGGAGAUGGGGGAAGUGGCCUUGGAAAAUAGGUUUGGGGCUCUGUCAAGGGAGGAGGAUAUGUCCAUUGGUCAUGCCACCCCGAUGGAGGAUGAGGAU